AGUCAAACACAACAUUGGUCUAGAAAUAUCCAAUCAUUCGUCUCUCGGUUUCAGAAUGCUCCUUGCUUGCUUCUAUGUUACUGCAAUGAUAGAUUGACCUCAUUGAAGCUUCAGCCAAAAUUUGCAAUAAGGUAAUAGUCGUCAAUUCUUCUAAUACAGUCCAUUUGUUAACAUUUGUGGGAAGCUUUGGUUAAACAUUCUCUGUACUAAUCCCCUUCUGUCGGUCGUUUCAACUUAAAAACCAGGUGCGUAUCUCUUUUUUAUUUGUUUCCCAUUCGGUAUCAUUUUUAAUCCGCUUCUAUAACGUUUGGAAAUUUUAUUUUGCAAUUUUCUUUGUGGUUCAAGUAUUUUUUUUUAUUUCUACGCUGACCGCUGGGAGAUCUUGGUUUUUUUUUUAAAAAAAAAAAAUUUAUUUUUGCACGGUUGGGUUUUAUUGAAUUGAAUUUUCCUUGACACAUGACGCAGCUCUUUUAUUGCGCCUGAACAAAGUCAGGUUCUUGAAUUGUUUUGAUAGCCCUUUCCUUUUGUGUUGCUCUUUUUUUAAUUUUGAUUUCCGAAGUACAUCAAUUGCAAUUAUUUUAGUACAAAAUUAGUAAACAUAUUAUUGUUUAGUUAAUAAAAGGUAAAUUGAUGACUAGAAAUCGGGCGUGUUUGUUUCCUUACCUUCCAAUAAUGUGGAAUUUUUUUUCAUCUAAUUGGAAUUUCGCCCUUAAGAAUCACCUUUUCAUCUGGCAAGUUUCUUAUUAGGUCUCUGUAACUUAUCCUUUUGGUGCGGGAAUAAUAGGAUAGAAAGUUUGCCCAAUAAGUUGACCUUUUUGGAAUUUCCGAGGAUGAACUAGUGGCAAAAGAAAUGUUACUUUUUGUAUGUCUUUUUGCAAAAAAUACCUCCUUGUUAAUCCACUAAUGAAGUUUCUUAUCUUAUCAAAAAGAAAAAAGGAGUAAAAAGAAGAAGUAUUUCCUUAGAGGAUUACUUAUUGUGGCUAUUAUCUUUCUUAUCUCCUUUUUCAUUCUCAAUGUUUUGUAUCAGGUGGACCUUUUGUCUGAGCUCUAAAGAACCAAAAUAUAAGAUUGAAUUUCUUCCGUAAGAUUCACCUUUUCAUCGGGUGCUGCCAGUAGAGAUAACCCAGCUGCCUCUUCUCGAAAGGCUAUAUCUUGAUAACAAUAAGCUAUCAAAUUUGCCACCUGAGCUUGGUGAACUGAAAUGUUUGAAAGUUCUUGCCGUGGACUACAACAUGUUAGUCUCUGUCCCUGUUGAACUAAGAGAGUGCAUUGGGCUAGUUGAAUUAUCGCUAGAACAUAACAAGGUGGUCCGACCUCUUCUCGAUUUCAGGGCAAUGACAAAGUUACGUGUUUUGAGGCUUUUUGGUAAUCCUCUUGAAUUUCUUCCUGAUAUUUUGCCACUCCAGAAGGUUCGCCACUUAUCUCUUGCAAACAUAAGGGUUGUGGCAGAUGAUCAGUUGCGAUCAGUGAAUGUGCAGAUAGAGACGGAGAAUAAUUCUUACUUUAUUGCAUCUCGGCAUAAAUUGAGUGCCUUCUUCUCUCUUAUAUUCCGUUUCUCUUCUUGUCAUCAUCCCCUGCUAGCUUCCGCCCUGGCAAAAAUAAUGCAAGAUGAGGGGAAUCGUGUAGUUGUUGGGAAAGAUGAGAACGCUGUAAGGCAACUCAUAAGUAUGAUCAGUAGCGACAAUCAGCAUGUGGUAGAACAAGCUUGCUCCGCACUUUCUUCUCUCGCCACAGACGUGUCUGUGGCAAUGCAGUUAAUGAAAUCAGAUAUUAUGCAACCCAUAGAAAGAGUACUAAAAUCUGCUGGUCCUGAGGAAGUCAUCUCUGUGUUGCAAGUUUUGGGCAAAUUGGCGUUUGCAUCAGAUAUUGUAUCUCAAAAGCUGCUGACAAAGGACAUAUUGAGAUCAUUGAAACUUUUGUGUGCUCACAGAAAUCCAGAGGUGCAAAGACUAGCUUUAUUUGCAGUUGGUAACUUAGCAUUCUGCUUGGAAAAUCGUCGCAUUCUAGUUACUUCAGAAAGUUUACGGGAACUGCUAUUGCGGUUGACAGUUGCAUCAGAGCCACAAGUCAGUAAGGCUGCGGCUCGCGCUUUGGCAAUUCUAGGGGAGAAUGAGAUUCUACGGCGUGCUAUAAGAGGGAGACAGGUCCCAAAGCAAGGGUUGCGCAUACUUUCAAUGGAUGGUGGUGGCAUGAAAGGGCUGGCAACUGUGAGAAUCCUUAAGGAGAUUGAGAAAGGUACUGGGAAGCAGAUACAUGAACUAUUUGACCUCAUUUGUGGCACGUCAACUGGUGGUAUGCUUGCUGUUGCUCUUGGGAUCAAACUGAUGUCUUUGGAAAAAUGUGAAGAAAUAUACAAAAAACUUGGCAAACUUGUGUUUGCUGAACCUGUUCCCAAGGACAAUGAAGCAGCAACAUGGAGAGAAAAGUUGGAUCAACUCUACAAGAGCUCAUCUCAGAGUUUCAGGGUUGUUGUACAUGGAUCUAAACACAGUGCAGAUCAGUUUGAGAGAUUGUUAAAGGAGAUGUGUGCUGACGAGGAUGGGGAUCUUCUGAUAGAGUCAGCAGUUAAAAGGAUUCCUAAAGUUUUUGUGGUAUCAACUCUGGUCAGUGCGACACCAGCUCAACCCUUUAUUUUCCGCAACUAUCAGUACCCUCCUGGGACACCAGAAAUUCCCCUUGCGGUCACUGAGAAUUUGGCUACUGCUGGCCAAGGAGCAGUAAGUGAUCCAAUUCAAGUUGAACAUAAGCGAAAUGCUUUCAUGGGAAGCUGUAAGCAUAGGAUAUGGCAAGCCAUAAGAGCAUCAUCUGCUGCACCUUAUUAUCUUGAUGAUUACUCUGAUGAUGUAUACCGCUGGCAGGAUGGUGCAAUUGUUGCCAACAAUCCUACCAUUUUUGCCAUACGAGAAGCACAACUAUUAUGGCCAGAUGCACGGAUUGACUGCUUAGUCUCAAUUGGUUGCGGUUCUGUUCCCAUGAAGGUCCGCAAAGGUGGGUGGCGUUACCUUGAUACUGGCCAAGUGUUGAUAGAGAGUGCAUGCUCAGUUGACCGGGUGGAGGAAGCUUUAAGUACAUUGCUUCCACUGCUUCCUGAUGUGCACUAUUUUCGGUUCAAUCCAGUUGAUGACCGAUGUGGUAUGGAGCUAGAUGAGACGGACCCUGCUGUCUGGUUAAAGUUAGAGGCCGCAACAGAUGAGUACAUUCAAAACGCCUCUACUGCUUUCAAGAAUAUUUGUGAAAGAUUGUUAGAGAGGCCACAUGAUGAGAAAUUUUCAGAUAAUUUCAAGUCCCAUCAGUUUCUCAAAUCGAAGAAUUCUAAAGCUGAUGAGAGCAGUCCUUCUUUAGGUUGGAGGCGGAGCGUGCUACUUGUCGAGGCCUCAAAUAGUGCAGAUGCUGGAAGAGUCUUUCAUCAUGCUCGCUCACUUGAGUCAUUUUGUGCUCAUAAUGGAAUAAAACUCAGUCUUUUCAGUGGCAUAUCAGGCACGCAGAAAGCAACUCCCGGAUCAACUUUUCCGACACCUUUUGCUUCACCAUUGUUCACUGGGAGCUUCCCUUCAAGCCCUCUCUUAUACAGUCCUGAUAUUGGGGCUCAUAGGGUUGGUAGAAUUGAUUUAGUUCCACCACUAAGCUUGGAUGGAUUACAAUCUGCGAAAACAACUGCUUCACCACCUGAGUCUCCUCGAAAGCGUCGACAGCUUUCGUUGCCUUUGCAAUCUUUGUAUGAGAAGCUAAAGAAUUCACCUCAGGUUGGAGUUGUGCACUUGGCUCUGCAAAAUGAUACAUCUGGCUCUGUACUGAGUUGGCAGAAUGAUGUAUUCGUGGUUGCCGAACCUGGAGAACUAGCCGAUAAGUUUCUGCAGAGUGUCAAGUUUAGCUUGCUGUCAAUGAUGCGGGGCCGCCGGAGAAAGUAUGCAUCAGUUAUCACGGAUAUCUCAACCGUUGCUGAUCUUGUUAAAUGUAGGCCAUGCUUCCAAAUAGGUGGUGUAGUCCACCGUUAUAUUGGGCGUCAGACGCAGGUCAUGGAAGAUGACCAAGAAAUUGGUGCCUAUAUGUUUCGUAGGACCGUUCCUUCAAUGCAUUUAACCUCAGAAGAUAUUCGGUGGAUGAUUGGAGCAUGGAGGGAGAGAAUUAUAAUCUUCACUGGUUUCUAUGGCCCUACCCAACCUCUAAUCAAGGCUUUUCUAGAUUCAGGAGCUAAGGCUGUUAUAUGUCCUUCCACUGAGCCUGAUGAAGCGCAGAUGUCUACAUUUCACGGGUCAGGUGAUUUUAAUUCUUUUGAUAAUGGGAAGUUUGAAAUUGGCGAAGAAGAAGGAGAGGAUGAUGAUACUGAACCUUCUAGUCCAGCAAGUGAUUGGGAAGAUAGUGAACCAGAGAAAAGUGAAGGACGCUCUCAGUUCUUUUGGGAUGAUGAUGAGGGGGAGUUGUCCCAGUUCAUAUGUCAGUUCUAUGAGUCUCUUUUUCAGGGUGGUUCAAAGAUAGAUGAUGCAUUACAACAUGCUCGUGCCUCACAUCGGAGCCUAAGAUAUUCACGCCAUCUUCCAAGCGUACCAUAGUUCAUUGGUUCUCUCUGACCUGGAUAGUCCCAAGGGAGGCGCGAGUCAGCUAAUGCUUAUGCUGACUGCAUGUUGUUGCUUGAGUAACGGGCAUUUGCAUGGUCUCCUCAUUAUUCCAUACUUUGUAGAGAAGAAUUAUACUUGUACAAGCAAAUUAAAGUAAAAGGAUAGAAAGAAGCAAGCGUGGCGAGAGAAAAAAACAGUAGAAAUGAGUAAUAAUAAUUUAAAGAAGCGAGAUAAAAAUUCAAUUUUGAGGCUCUGAACUAAUUGUUAUGUUCUUAGUCAUUGAUGGAUGUUUUUGUUUUUCUUGUAUGGCCCAGUUUUGUAGAUUCUUCCUUAUAAAGUUACUUUCAGAUUUACAAAGUUUUUGUAUCCCAAUAAGUAACAUGUACAGUGAAAUGAAUGUAAUGAAUAAAACAGCGAAUUUUUAUUACCA